AUGGCACCGCCAGUCUCUUCCCAGAAGAAGCAACAGCCGUCGAUCUCGAGUUUCUUCACGCCUAGAUCYGCGACRGCGAAGCCUGCAUUGAAGGCUGUCAAUGGCAACGCGUCCACUGAAACUCCCAACCCACCCGCACAGCAGGACGAAGCAUCGACCCAACCAAACGAACAUCUCGUCAGUGAUGAUGAUGCCCCUACAAAUGGCAUGCGUAAACGAUCUUCUGCGGUGAAGCGUACUUCAGAGGAACAGGACGACGUGGUAGCUCCAAGCGCAAAGAGGCGGAAGGAGAGCGAACGAUAUGAUUCUGAAGGUGCCGACGAGUCCAUCGUAGCGCGUCCGUCGCUGGGACAAGUUUCUAUAAACAGUGUCGGUCCUAGCAAGAAGCCAAGCAUCACUGCCAGAACAUCCAAAUAUGCGUUCUCAAGCUCGCCAAACGUGGCGAACGACGAGAACGAGGAAGACGACGAGGAGGUCCGACGGGCGAAAGAGCGCUUGCAUCAGAGAUUCGUGAAGAAAUUGGGAAGACCAGACAGUCUUGCAGAGUUCAAGCGCAAGAACGGCUUCAUAGACGAUGAGACCCAAGCAGGCCAGGAGGGGGCCGAGGACGACGAAGACGAGGAAGCGGAAUCUGCACCGAGAGGCAAGGGCAAAAAGGCACCUGCUACCAGGAAAGGCAAAGACAAGCUCACGCCCCUGCAACGACAAGUGGUGGACCUCAAGCGUAAAUAUCCGGACGCUCUGCUGAUAGUCGAGGCUGGGUACAAGUAUCGGCUUUUUGGUGAGGAUGCACGAGUGGCUGCCAAAGUCCUUGCCAUUAUGUGCAUCCCGGGCAAGUACAGUCUCAUUGACGAGCUUCCAUCUGAGGCCCAUCUCGACAAGUUUGCUUCUGCGUCCUUUCCAACACACAGACUGCAUGUCCAUGUGAAGCGUCUUGUCACUGCAGGGCACAAGGUCGGUAUAGUCAGACAGUUGGAAACAGCUGCUCUCAAGGCGGCGGGCAGCAACAAAAGCAAGAUCUUCGAACGCGGCUUGACCAAUCUCUACACAAAAGGUACCUACGUCGACGACGAGGAAGGACUUGGUGGGUCGCUCGACGGAGUGAGUGGAGGAGCGCCUGCGACCGGACACUUGUUGUGUCUGACUGAGAGCUACCCCAAAGGUGCUGGAUCUGAUGAGAAAGUGCAAAUUGGUCUGAUUGCGGUGCAGCCAGGAACUGGAGAUGUCAUUUACGAUGACUUUGAGGACGGGUGGAUGCGGAACGAGCUGGAAACCAGACUCCUGCACAUCUCGCCCUGCGAGUUCUUGGUCGUUGGAGAAGUGUCAAAGGCAACGGAGAAGCUCGUCCAGCACCUAUCCGGAGGCGAUGAUGCUCGCUUGGAGCGUGUCGACAAGCCCAAGACUAUGGCUGCCCAGUCGUACAGUCACAUUACCAAAUUCUACGCCGACAAGCUCAAGGAUGGAGAGCCCGCAGCGUCACAGAUCGAGUCCUCCACGGAGACGGGAACACUUCUAGACAAGGUUCACAAGCUUUCCGAGAACGCGACCAUAUGUCUUUCGGCAAUGAUCACGCAUCUCACAGCGUAUGGGCUGCAGCAUGUCUUCGACCUCACCAAAUGCUUCCAAUCAUUCAGUGCAAGGGCGCACAUGCUACUCAAUGGGAACACCUUGACCAGCCUGGAGAUUUACCGCAAUGGAACCGACCAGACCGAGCGUGGAAGUCUAUUCUGGACGCUGAACCACACACGGACUCGUUUUGGCCGGAGGCUGCUCCGAAAUUGGGUUGGUCGACCUCUGCUUGAUCGUGCCAAAUUGAGCGAGCGAAUCGAUGCCGUGGAGGAGCUUAAAAGCGGAGCAGGAACACUUGCUGUUGAGAAGCUCACUCACAUGGUCGGCAAGGUGCGAAGUGAUCUGGAGAGGACACUGAUCCGCAUAUACUACAAGAAGUGCUCCCGCUCUGAGUUGCUGGUGUUGUUGCAAACACUACACAUGAUCGCGCAGGAGUAUGCCACCGUGACCUCUCCUGCCAAUGCCGGUUUCAAAUCGAACAUUCUCAACGAGGCAGUCGCUUCGCUGCCACGCAUCUCGGACGAUGUUCUGCAAUAUCUGGAACGCAUGAAUGCCGAGGCUGCGCGAAAGGAUGACAAGUACGGUUUCUUCAGAGACGAGCACGAGACAGAGGACAUUACAGAUCACAAAUGUGGUAUCGUAGCUGUAGAGCACGAUCUUGAAGAGUUCAGAGCUGUGGCCGCAGCGACGUUGAAGCGCAAGCAGGUUAGCUAUGUGACAGUAUCGGAGAUCGAUUAUCUGAUCGAGCUGGACAAUGGCUUCCUCAAGAACGUACCGGCAUCCUGGACCAAGAUCAGUAGCACGAAGAAGGUCGCCCGAUUUCAUGCUCCAGAGGUCGUCAAGCUCAUACGCGAGCGUGAUCAGCACAAGGAGGCGCUUUCCAACGCCUGCGAUGCAGCGUUUGCAGCGCUUCUCGCCGAAAUUGGCUCGAAAUACCAGGCCUUUCGCGACUGCAUCCAGUCUCUUGCUUUGCUUGAUUGCCUCCUCUCCUUGGCAGAGGUGGCCUCGCAGCCUGGCUACUGCAAGCCGAGUUUCACCGACGAGCCCGGCAUAUCGAUUACUGCAGGACGUCACCCGAUGGUAGAGCAGCUUCUGCUCGAGUCCUUUGUACCAAAUUCAGUGGACCUCUCCGCCAACGCCACCCGAGCAUUACUCAUUACCGGUCCGAACAUGGGCGGUAAAUCCUCCUAUGUUCGGUCUGUCGCGCUCAUCGCCAUCAUGGCGCAAAUUGGAUCGUAUGUUYCCGCAGAUGCUGCAGAGCUUGGCUUACUCGAUGCCGUCUUCACACGAAUGGGCGCUUUUGACAACAUGAUGAAGGGCGAGUCCACGUUCAUGGUGGAGUUGGGUGAAACCAGCGACAUUCUCAAGCAGGCCACGCCACGCAGUCUAGUCAUCCUGGACGAGCUUGGACGCGGAACGAGCACGCAUGAUGGAGUCGCUAUUGCGCAGGCCGUACUGUGGGACGUUGUGGAGAGGCUGAAGAGCUUCACUCUCUUCAUAACCCAUUACCAGAGUCUGGCGAGAAUGACAAAGAUGUGGCCUGCCGGAGAAUUGAAGAAUGUGCACAUGCGCUUCRCUGAACAAGAAGGCAGCGUGAAAGAGGGUAAGGAUAUUACCUUCCUGUACGAAGUCGGCGAGGGUGUGGCGCACAGGAGUUAUGGAUUGAAUGUCGCAAGACUGGCUGGUUUACCCAGGUCUCUGAUUGAAGAGGCCGCUCGCCAGAGUAAGCUGAUGGAGGAGGAGGAGAGGCAGAGACGCAUGACAUAUUUGGCGGCCUCUGUUGGCGCGGUCGUGCGUGGAGGUGGAGACCAUGAGCUGGAAAGACUCGUUGCCGGAAUCGAGCAGCUUUAG